UCCGCCACAAUACCAUCCGCCAAGCACUGUAUUUAGUAUUAGACGUCUCAGAUUUUGCUGUUUUUAGUGUUUUUGUUAUACGCUUAGUUUUCUACGUUUAUUUUGUCUCGCGGUCUUUUAUGAUUUCACGAUAAAUCAAACAUUAGGUCAGAGAGAAACCGAAACCAACGCGGUGUUAAAUAAAAUUAGUAAUUACAGACAAUUCUAAAAUAAUAAGUAGGGCUGUGAAUUUAAAGGAAAGUGCAUUUUUUUUUUGGUGAUUGUAAAACAUAGCUUUACACAGACUAUUCAUCCAAAGUUCAAAUUUCCAUCUCAAUCCACACAAGAAGAAGUUAAUACUAUCAAUAUGAGUAUAUCAUUCUAUUUGGAUAUUGAGGAUAGUGAUGAACAUGACGAUUUUGGCGAACAAUGUUCAAUCUGUCUUGAUGUAGUACAUGGUCGUGAAUUAAUGCAAUGUCAAAGUUGUGAUAGGAAAUAUCAUAAUCAUUGCCAUUUGCCUAAGAUUCCUGAUAUUGUUUUUAACAAUCCUUAUUGGUCAUGUACAAUGUGCAAAUUUCGCGAAUUAGUCGAUGCUUUGAGACUUAUGAAGUCAACCACUCUUGGUGUUUCAAUUGGUGAACCUGGACGUAUAGUUGCUGAGCGUUUAAUAAUGACCCUGUCCAAUGAAUAUGGUAGUAUUCAUUUUAGAGAAUUUCCUAGUAAUAAAACUUUUCCAACAUUUUUCGAAAAGGUUUCCAAUCCAAUAAAUUUGAUUAUUAUCAUCAAUCGUUUAGAAUCGAAUACACAUUAUACAACAAUCGAUCAAGUUAUUGAUGAUUUAAAAAAAUUGUUUACAGAUAGUUUGAUGUUUUAUGAUGAGCCUCAUGAGUUUUAUGGUUAUGCCAGACACCUUCUAAAUUUGUUGGAUAAAAUAAUCGCCAAAUGGAUACCAGAACUGGAAGAGCUCAAGACUAAAACAUCGGAAUCGAGUUCUUAAAUAGCAUUGAAAACACAAUCCUGAUUGUAUCGGUAUUUUAAUUUUUGAUUAAUUAUUAUAUAAAAUUA